AUGAGAUCGAGCAGCUGGGUAUCGAUCGGUGACUCCGCCAAGCUGUGCAAACUUGAACGCAUAUAUACUGAAGCGCGUGAAGCGGGACAGCUGACAGUGCAUUUUCGCUGUCAACAGUUGCCAUCAACGACCAUCAACAACUUCGACUACCACUACGAUCACGGACAGAUCAACAACUUUGACUACCACUACGAUCACGGACAGUGCACGCCCAUUCAGACUCUCACGGACACCAAGGAAAGAGGAAAGCGGCGUAAACGCAAGAUUCACUCAACGCUGAGUACCCGUCACUUGCCCGCCGCCGGAGCCCACCUUCGGCCUUCCCCGCGGUCUAGCUCGAGAAGCAGGAGGAGACAACACCCGUCUUCUGGGUCAAACGUUUGGGCCGUGGGAGCAUACCUUCGGAGCAGCAAAGCGCCGACACACUGGUCCGCCGCCCCUGCCGAGCGCCGCGCCGUCCAGGAGCUCGUCGCUGAGAAGGCUGCGAACGAGAGCAGCGCCGCCAAGAAGCUCGUCACCAACACUGCCGUCGCCGAGGAGCUUGUCUCCAACACUGCCUUCGCCGAGGAGCUUGUCUCCAACACUGCCUUCGCCGAGGAGCUCGCCGCCGAGCAGACGGCUCGCGCGGUGUCUCGGUCGCCGAGGUCAACACCAACAGAUCCCUACGCGCAUCCAGCCGGCUCGUAA